AUGGGAGAUUCAAAGAAUCCGCGAGAGACAGCGGGGUGUAUUUCUCUGUUAACUUUUUCCUGGAUGAGCAAUGUUUUAAAACUGGGAAAUCAGCAGCCCCUAGAGGAGAAACACAUUUUUCCGCUUGAACCGACUUUUCGGGCAGAGCAGCUGGUUGACGCUCUGGAAAGGGAGUGGCUCGCAGAAUACCGGACAGCUGAACAGAACGGAAUAAAGCCUCGCCUUUGGAGAGCUAUGUUGAGAAUUUUUUCGUGCAGGGAGUACAUUGUUGUGGCGAUCUUGAGAAUUUUGUUUUCUUUUGCAAUGAACCUUCUCCCUCUGGCACUUUGGUUCUUCUUGAAAAACAUUUCUUCAAGCUCCGGAACCACAACUUACACUUCCACUUUGCCCUUUAUGUUUUGCAUAACCGUGAUCUCGCUUGCACGCGCUAUGUUCAUUAACCACGGUGCAUUCAAGGUCGAAAUGAUGGCUUAUAAAUUAAAAGUUGCAGUGAUUGGGCUGGUUUAUAAAAAGGUAUUGCAAUGACUUUAUCUUAGGGUACACCAAUUACCACGGACACCUCUCUCAAAAACAGUUUCUAAUACAGAAUUUCAAAUAACACAGUCAACUCGAUGGUGCAGCUAACAAUCUUUCAUGGUCUGGGUAGCUAAUGCAGUAAAAAUCCGCGACUAAGAACAUGCAUUUAAACUGCACAGGGUCUACAUUCACCUGUAGCUAUCUAUCUACAUGGGAGGGGAGGAAGAGAGGGAAUGACCAAUGAAAAUAAUCGAUAUGGGUAUGUGCCUUACUUUGACGAUGACUAUCUUGAGUGGCAAGAACAAAAACUCGAAAGGCAAAACGACAUGGGGCCUUUACGUUUUCUCCCCUUCUCCCCUUCUCCCCUCCCAUUAUACGCCUGCCAACCAGGUUAGCGAAACGAUAACUUUAAUUUCCCGACAGUUGAUCGGAAGAUUUCGGAUUAAAGAGGUCAGUUUAUAUAUAAAAACUGGAGGUAAAACUGUCUCAUGGCUCAAGUAAAGUAAUAUGCCUCAAGGGGUUUAAGGCCUGGAUCAAAGGUGUGUUCGGAACGUAUGAAUGAUUGGCAAUAUCUCUAACUAAAGGAAUGAAUGUACGCGAAGUUAGAAAUAAAACUCUUAAAUAAUUCAAGAUAAAAUUUGGGCAUUUAGAAUUAUGUUUUCCCUAAUAAUUUCUUAUUGAAGUACAAUGGACGGUCAUUUCAAACGUAAGUGUUAGAAAUAUUUGAUAUGAAGUAGAGAAAUGUUAUUGCUCCAUUUCCUUUCUUAAACCGGCCGCCAAUUAGUCAGUAAUUUACGAUUUUUAGCAAAAUGGUCACGUGAAAUAUCACGUGACUUAUUAACACAAUAUUUUGAUUCAGCGCCAUAAACUAUGCCCACGUUAUAGCCAAUAAAUCAUUUUCCAUAUGUAAACCGCUUAGUCCCAGGCCUUAAACUACUUUGAGGACAAUGGGAAAGUCAAUAUGCUCGAUAAGUGUGGCAUAAAAGUAGUUGUAUCUGAGCUUAUUAGAAACCUCUAAAUUAUGCAUAAAAUCUUUCUCAUCAAUUAGUACAGAAUUAUAUACAUUGUAAAUCAAAGCAAUUUUGUUUCUGUCUUUUUUUUAGAUUCUUUCACUUAAUAGAUGUGCCUUAGAAAAUAACAUUUCUGAAAACACUAUCAAUCUCGUUUCCAACGAUGCCGUGCUUAUUGGGGAUGUGGGGUAUGAAGCUCAAGGUUUCCUGUUUGUUGCCGUGGACAUUGUCGUCGCUUUGUUCUUUCUGUGGUAUUUGGUCGCCUGGCAAGCCUUAGUGGGAGUUGGUUUCCUCGUCCUUGUUUCUGUUUAUGGAUCACUUGCAGCAUCUAAGUCCGGGAGGAUUCGCAAAAAAGUUGCGGCACAGACGGAUAAGAGACUGGAGAUAAUGAAAGAGAUUGUUUCUGGAAUCCGUGUGGUGAAAAUGUACGCUUGGGAGAGGAACUUCAGGGAUCUGGUAGCACAAAUAAGACGGUUUGUUCAUAUACAUUUCCUGUGCUGUUAUUGUUGUCUUUUUUUUUCUUUCUUUUCAUGCAUAAAGGACAAACUGGUUGCAGGCUCAAGGCUAUAUCCAUCUCCUAUAACUUUAACUAGCAACCCUGAUGAAUUUCCUCAGUUUUGUUCUAAGUAUCGUGUGAUCAACAAGACAGUACAGCCUAGCUGUACCAGGAUCAUAGGUUUAUAUUUUAAGUUCCAAUUCCUUACUUCUUUGCAGUAAAAGAAAGGCACAAAAAAAAAAUCUUGUCAUGGAUUUUGUUGGCUUUGUUUUAAGUAUAGAAAAUAUUUUGCAGGAAAGAGAUUUCUCUCAUUCGGAUCCGAGGAUUUCUCCUGUCAAGUAUCCACGCCCUGUUCUUUACCAGCCAUACCGUUACUGGGUUCAUCUCAAUCUUGGCACUGCUUCUCACGGGACACUCCUUGUCAACAUUCCAAGUGUUCACGUUGCUUUCUGUCUUAACUAACAUUAAAUUCUUCGUAACUGUUAAUAUUGGGGAAGGUUUACAUCGUCUUGCACUCGCAAGAACUGCAUGCAAUAGAAUACAGAGGUUUAUCUCAAGGAAGUCCGCAUUGGCACCCAAUCACUUAGGAAGAUACGACAAAGACGAAAAAAAUAAUUCACAGUUCUUCAGCUUGGAGACCUUAAGACCAGCAAAAUCUGUCCAUAGUAGUGUACCUAAACCGGACGAAACAUCGGAACUCUUUCAGCCACAGGUUGUUCUUGAAGACGUUUCCAGCUUUUGGAACGACUCAUCACAUCGCUUAGCACUACAAAACGUUUCACUGCAAGCUACCAGUGGGCAACUUGUGGGAAUAACUGGACCAGUUGGGAGUGGCAAAACGUCUUUAUUGAUGACCAUCUUAGGAGAACUUCCAAAAUCAUCUGGUCAGAGCUCUUGCUUUGGCAAAAUGGCUUACGUCUCCCAGACACCUUGGGUGUAUUCUGGCACCGUGAGAGAGAAUAUAGUCUUUGGUAUACCGUUCAUCAAAGAAAAGUACUUCAAAAUUGUGGAGGUCUGUGACCUGGCAAAAGAUCUAUCAAGCUUCCCGAAAGGUGAUCUAACUGAGAUUGGACAGCGUGGAGUAAUCCUGAGUGGUGGUCAGCGUGCACGAGUGAGUCUGGCACGCGCACUUUACUCGGACGCGGACAUCUUUUUACUUGAUGAUCCACUCAGUGCAGUGGAUGCCAAGGUCGGCAAACACUUGUUUGACAGGUGCAUCAAAGAGUUCUUAGCUGGGCGAAUUCGUAUUCUGGUCACUCAUCACCUACAGUUCCUUCAACAUGCAGACAACAUUGUUAUCCUUCAAAAUGGUUCCGUUGAGUACCAAGGUGGCUACUCUCAAAUGGACCAGAAGAAGCUAGGGAAUGAUUUUAUUGUACCUCAAGGAAAACAAGAAGAAGGCAAAAAUAGUACAAUUACAGGUCUCGGUGAGGACAAAAGAGCCAGGAAAGCAAGUUCCGUCGACGAAUAUCAGGAAAGACUAGAUCUUGCAGAAGAGAAAGAAGACAGGAUGGUAGGAACUGUCAAGUGGCAGUUGUAUUGGAAAUACUUUAGGGCUGCCCUUCCAGUCACUUUCAUUGUUGCCCUCGUUGUGUUUUUCGCCAUUGUCCAAGGUUAGUAAAUUCGAUUAAGAUUCAACUUAGACUUUGAGGACUCACUCUUGCACAUUAAAUUAUUUUUCACACAAGGACAUUUACGGACUAGAUCAGGCUAAAAUAGCAAUUGAUUUUUUUCAGUUCAGAGACAAAUGAGUUUAAGGAAAUGUUUGACUGUACUUCACCAGCUGUGAGGCAAAAGUAUUCGUGCAUCUUUAGUUCUUAUCAGAAUGUAACAAAAUGACUAAAUACAGACAUUCGAGACUGACUGCAUGAGAUGUUUUCUUGUAGUUGCGUGGAUCGCGCCCUAUUGGUGGAUUUCAUCAAUGACAAAGAUGUCACAACAAGAACAGAAGAACUACGUCACACUACUGAUAUAUGGAUCCAUCGUCACGAUGUCCUUGCUUCUUACAGUUGUAUCCUCCUUUUGCUUCUAUCUUGCCGCUUUAAAGGCUUCAGAAAACCUUCACGAGCGGAUGACCAAAGCAGUUAUUCAGGCACCCGUCCUAUUCUUUGACACAAAUCCAGUUGGUCGCAUCUUAAAUCGUUUUUCUAAAGACAUUGGCGGUAUGGAUGACUUUCUGCCACCUCAGUUUCUCUUGGCAGUUCAGUUAUGGCUAUAUUUCUUUAGUGCCACAAUUCUUUCAGCAGUCGUAAAUGCCUGGUUGUUUAUUACUUGUGCUCCGUUAACCCUGCUGUUCAUUUAUCUUGCAAAAUAUUACUUGAAUUCCUCUCGGGAGAUCAGGAGGCUUGAAGCAAUAACAUGCAGUCCAGUUUACUCUCUUAUAGCUGAUACCGCAACAGGACUCGAAGUAAUUCGCUCGUCAGGGAUGGGAAGUGAAUUCCUCCAAAAAUUUUACAAGUUAGUAGUUACCUUUGUGUUUCUUUCCAACCGUUUAUGGGUAGUUUUAUACCAGGCAGAAUAUAACCUAAGUAAAGAACAAAUUCGUUUCGAAACGACGAUCCUUUUUUCAAGGGUUUGUCCUAUUCUCUUCAUCAUUUUUGUUCAGAACACGAGGGUUUGAAAGAAAUUGUUUCAAAGAAUCAGUAUCUCGCAGCAAUGACGAACAUGCUGACUUUUAAUCGCUUUAAGAGCAGAGGAAUGUGGAACAGAUUAGCCGAUCGAGAUUCACGAUUAUUUGUCAUUUUGUCACGCACGACAUCACUUGGCAAUAACGUUUAAACCGCUGUAAGAUUCAGUAAACCAUUUGAUGAGCCGAAGGUACGUCACGAUACCGAUCGAGAUCAUGAGUUUCGAGAUCAUCAACUUUGACGGGUUCAAUGUGUCAUGCAAAACCCAGCAAAAUCCAACAUGUUCAAGGGCAGGGUCACGUGGUUUCAAAGAAGUAGAAAUGAAAACGUUCAGUUGCACAAGCCCCUUUAAAACAUCUUCGAAUUUGGUUGGUCCCGCAUUAUGGAACGCAUAUCAAAAACAUAAUGACUAAAAAUAUGGGCUCAGAGCAAAGAGUAUUGCGGAGCAAGAGAUUUCGACGUUUUCCCGACGUUCUCCUCAGCCUAGUUAUCAAAUUCACUGGUCACGUGAUUCUAUAGCACCGUGAACAAGUGUAGGUCUGGGCCUCAUCGCUUUUGAAAGCUGGCCUUACUUUUUUAGUAUUUACGAAGUGCCUCCUUAACCUGGUGUUUGUAUUUGUGGACACUAGGCGAACCUUUUUUUUAAUACUAUUACGCACAGUGUAUUCAGAAUCAGGUAAAUAAUCUUUGAGUAAAUGAGAUUUGUUGGGUGGCAAAGGAAGAACUCUCAUCAUUAUUUGUGUAAUCAAAUCAGUACAGACCAUACAACUAUAACUUUUUUUACAGAUAUCAAGACAAAAACACAUCAGCUAUGAUAAUGAGAAGCGCAGCGGGAAACUGGCUUGCUUUACGAGGAGAGCUACUAAGUAAUUUUCUUGUGACUUCUGUAUCAGCUGGAGCUCUAUUUGCCACGCAAAGCCGAGGUGAGUGGCGUUUUUAUGAAUUGUUUUGCCUCUCCUCAAGGGAAGUGGAGCGGAAGUAGGAAAAAGAAGUUGUUUUCUAUACCAAACCACUCCCACCACACACCUUCUAAAUUGCUUCCACUCUGCCGAGGGUUAUUCUUCCUCAUUCUUGAGUAUGAGUCUAUUUCAGAAAGUUUGUAAUGAAGUGUAAAGCGCACCAAGCGCUCUGUAGGCUAAUGACGGUAUUAUAACAAUUACAUUUUACCAUCCAGCUGAUAGUUAUAGUUCUGCAACCUACUAAGAUGAGAAACUUAAAAUGCAUUUCAACAGUGAACGUAAAUUGCAAUAUAUAGCAAACGUUUCAAGGGGAAACUCUCUUUCAGAAUAUAGAACGAUUUUCAGGAGAUUUUCCUUUGUGUAGGAAUGUUUGAGGUUAAGUGAAAACAACCAAUCACACACAUUCAAUCAGCUUAGGGAAAUGAAUAAAACUGACUUGUGAUGGCACAUUCAACACGUAAAUAAAUAAAUCAAAUAAAUAAAUAGAUAAUGAUUUAGAGGUAGCACAUCGACAAAGCGGUUCUUCGUCUACCUGAUUCCUGGCCGAAUUGGAAUUCGGAACUGUUGGUUUUUGAUGAGAGGGGAAAACCGGAGUACCCGGUGAAAAACCUCUCGGAGCAAAGGAGAGAACCAACAACAAACUCAACCCACAUAUAGCGUCGACGCCAGGAUUUGAACCCAGGCCACAUUGGUGGGAAGCGAGCGCUCUCACCAUUGCGCCAUCCCUUGCUCCCAAGGUCUUUGCCAUGUGAUUUUCUGUGACCUUUCAAUGUACAGCCUUCAAACUAACCGUCAAUACCUUGGUUGCAGCGCUGGCAGGCAUGUCCCUGACAUAUGCAUUGGACACUCUCGGAACCUCGCAAUAUGGAAUCCUAGUCGCAUCAGAGACAGAAAAUCUCAUGACCUCAGUGGAAAGAGUGUUCACCUACACUAAAAUCGAUCCAGAGCCUGGGUACCUUACGGACACCCAGCCUCCUGAAGACUGGCCGAAAACAGGCUCCUUGACAUUACGUGACCUGUCAUUAGCAUACUUAAAAGGGGCUCCGAGAAUUUUGGACGACAUAAACGUUAGCGUCGCUGCUAAGGAGAAAGUUGGUGUGGUAGGUCGCACGGGAGCUGGAAAAUCGUCUUUGGUGGCUGCUUUGUUUCGAAUGCCAGAGCCUGAAGGCAACGUAAGAAUGAUAAUUGUCUUCUGAUUUGUGCGCGCACGCGAUCGGUCGCGAGAGACUUGCACGGCAAGAAGGAGAAGACUUUGGACGAGUCAAAUUAUUUCUAUUUUCCACUGUAAUAUACCAUUGCUGUAUUGUUAUUACUGUACGGAUGGCUGUUUUUUUCUCUCUCUUCCUCGGAGACAUUAUAUAUAAGACCAUUUCGACAUCUUGAAGGGGUUUCUUUUGGGUUUCUGUUCGAGGCCACCCCCCGCCCCUUCCCCGCCCCUUGAUAAUGUAAUUCCUUGUUUCAAACGCUUUUCAACGUAAUGGAAAUUGCCAACUGGAUCGCCCAUCGGUAGCCUGGAUUUAAAGCAAUUUCUACUUUGUCCAUUUCUUUCAAUGGCCUAUCGCAUCCGAAGUCAUCAUAAACGUAGUGGAUGCCUUGACAUUGCAGAAAAUUUAAUUUGUUUACUGAUAAUUCAAAUUAAAGUAAAUCCGGCCGUGCGAGACGUUUGUUUGGCAUCACUUAAACGCAUUAAAAUCGUGGUUAUUUUGACGUCGCUUUGUAAGCAACACUCUCAGUUCCAACUCAGGUGAAUGUUUGUGUUAAUAUAGGUGAUCAUAGAUGGUGUGAACAUCAGAGAUCUCAAUCUACAGACGGCUCGAAGGUCUAUGGCCGUAAUAACUCAGGAUCCUGUCCUCUUCAGCGGAAGCCUCAGAAGAAACCUAGAUCCGUUCUCUUUGUACAAGGAUCACGAUCUCUGGAGUGCUUUGGAAGAAGUACAGUUAAAUACUCUAGUUCAGAAAUUACCUGAGCAGCUAGAGUACAAGUUAAGGGAGUCUGGGAGCAACUUCAGUGUGGGCGAGCGCCAACUGGUGUGCUUAGCACGUGCACUGUUGCAGAAAAGCAAGAUUAUAAUACUGGACGAGGCCACUGCCAAUGUGGAUUACAAAACAGACCGUCUGAUUCAAGAAGUUGUACGUAACAGACUUAAAGACUCUACCGUAAUAACCAUUGCCCAUCGCUUGAACACCAUCAUGGACUAUGAUAAAGCAUUGGUUAUGCAUCAGGGACGGAUGGUGGAGUUUGAUAAACCUGACACUUUGCUUCAGAACAGCGAUGGAUAUUUUUCUCGCCUUGUUCAGAAUCACAACAUGGCAACGGCUAAAUGAGCAUGCCAAAACUUAUGACGUUCAUCUCGAAAGUAUUGUCCUCUUUGGAAACCUUAAAAAACGAGCAGUAUAGCUCUGCCCUAAAGUGAGGCUAUCGAAUUUAUUAUCGUCUUAGUUCUCAUUUCCGCAGUCUUUCAAGUGGAUUUCAAGUAGCUUUUAAUCAAAUCUUGAUCAGAUAAAAGAAAAUCUCAUACAAUUUUGACAUCUUUUUCCGAGAGAAUAUAAACUUUUCGCUUUGCAUUCGGUUAGCCUUAAAGAAAUGCAAAAUGAUAUUUAAUACGUUAACCUUAAUCAGUUGAUAGUUACAACAUUUAGGCUUAGGAACACUCAAUUCGCGCCAAUUUUUUUUCACUUUAUUGUGCAACCUUUUUAGAGCGGUUUUCAUUUGAGUGUCGAAAAGUAAUUGGUUUUGCACUUUCUACACGAUGCGAUUGGCUUAAAAGAUUCGCGCCACCUUUUCAUCCAAUCAGAAGUAAAACCAAAGCCAAUUGUGACAGCUUUGCGUUAGCCACAUGUAAUUACUUCGAGUUUUGAUUGGUUCAAUGUAUUGUCUGUGUCCUAUGUGAUUGGCCAGAGUAAUUACUUUGGUUUUGGUUUUACGACACUCAAACGAAAACCACUCUAAGCGCGCUGAAUCCCUAGUAUCUCUUCGGCAGCCUGUUUGCAGGCUGUAGUCACUGAAAACAGUAAACCCAACUCACCCCUUGUGUUUUCAUUUUUUGGUUUGGUGCAAAUUCCUGAUUCCUGAUACUGCAGUAUUCCCUUCUUAACCCUUCUUAAGUCCCAAUAGUGACCAACCAGUGGUAGAUCCAGACAUUGAGAUAAGGGGGAGGCCCUGUCAUCCAGACCCUGAGGUAAUGGGAAUACCCGGUCUCGGAAAAAAAAAAAAAAAAAUCGGCGCUUUGGCCUCAGCUUGGUUUAAAAAUAAGGGGUGAGCCCAGACCCCUCCCCUAGAUAUGCCACUGACCAACAUCAAUUUUCUCCUGACGAUAUCCAUAGAUUGUCAAAAGCAAAGUCUAUGAGAAUUAAUAAAAUGAUCACAAAGAAAAAAUCUUUGAUAUUUUGUCAAAUUCUCUCAACUUAUUCGUAUGUAUGGAGAUCAGUUUGGAGAAUUUUUAUGUGGAUAUUGGUUAGGGAGGUAAAAAAAGCAGUAGCCCAGGAAUUCAGGUAAAUGUGGUAUUGGAAAUGAUUUUAUGUGCAUCAAACCAUUAGUUAUCUAAAUACAAUAAUCUACAUAUUAAAGCCACUAGUACGGGGUCCCUCCUCGCAAAGUCCCACAGGGUUUGCUGACGGUACCUGCCAAGUAUAAUUGAAUCUCUGAUAUAAUUCUAAAAUCAUUCUAGGGAAAGGCAAAUAAAUGAUUGAUUAAUCUGUGGUUGAAUAGGUUUUGUCACCUUACCUUAGUUCUUCCCUGUAUGGAACUUUGUCACCAACAUUAAGCAAGUAAGGCCCUGAAAUACAAUGAGGCUCCUGUAUCCCUACUAUGCUCUUCAGCAGCAUGUUAACACGCUAUAUUAUAGUCUAUAGGAAAGCAGAGGAUUGAGGCUCCUGUAUCCCUACUAAGCCUUUCAGCAGCAUGUUUACAGGCUAUAGUCUAUAGGAAAGGGGAGAAGUGAGGCUCCUGUAUCCAUAUUAUGCUCUUCGGCAGCAUGUUUACAGGCUAUAGUCUAUUAUAGGAAAGGGAGAAGUAACACUCCUGUGUCCAUACUAUGCUCUUUGGCAGCAUAUUUGCAGGCAUAUACUCUAUAGGAAAGGGAAGGAUUGAGGCUCCUGUAUCGAUACUAUGCUCUUUGGCAGUAUGUUUACAGGUUAUAAUCUAUAGGAAAGGGGAGGAGUGAGGUUCCUGUAUCCAUAUUAUGCUCUUCGGCAGCAUGUUUACAGGCUAUAAUCUAAAGGAAAGGGGAGAAGUGAGGCUACCGUAUCCCUACUGUGCUCUUCAACAGCAUGUUUACAGGCUAUAGCAACUGAAAACAGUAAAACAAACUCAUUUCUUGUUUAUUUUGUUUGCCUGGGUGUAAUUUUUUGAUUGCAGAUAAUGCUGUGAAUUUCCCUCAUUAACCCUUAAAGCACCAGUAUCCAUGUACAAAUUUUCCACACUGAUUUCCAUACAUCAGUUAGGAGAAUUUGUUAAAAGAUCAAAGCAUUUCCCCUUAGGUAAUUAUUUCAUUAAUUCUUAUCACCUUUUCUCUUGAUUAUUUAUUGCUAUUGUUAAGUGAAAAUUGACUUCGGUCACUAUGAAGGAAGUAGGUACAGUAACAACAGUUGUAUCCCCCAAGGCAUGCACUUAUUCAGGAAAAUGCAGUAUUCGAGAAAAUUUAAUGAUUUCAUAAUGUGCCCCAUACCAUUAGUUUAAUACAUGAUCUACACAUAUCAUUAUUAUUACUGUUAACUCGUCCAGGGUCCAUACGCAUAAAGCCCCACAGGGUUUGCUGAGAGCUCCUGUCCAUUAUUUUUAAAUAUUUGAUAUAUUUUCUAUUAUCAGUUUAAGGAAAAGCAAAUCAAUGCUUGAUUAAUUGAUCGAUUGAUUGAUUGGUAUUUUGUGUCUUUGAGGAUGGCAGUGGAUGAAAGUGCUUCCUUACUUUAGCACCUGACUGCCUUGAAAAUAAAAUUUAUGAUAUUUUUUAGUUUCUUGGACCUUAAAUUUGACCACUCCACCUGAAACGUGGUCAUUUUUAAUGAUCAUGAUCCGAGACCACAUUUGCCCCACCUCCCCUGGUGGUGGUUGACAACUUCAGUGUUUAUCCUUGUUGCAUUGGCAGUUGUGGACUUUUCCCAUGUAAACUUAAUAUUAUGCAGUGAGUAUACCUGCCAACUUUUUUUAAUUUAUAGGCAUGACAUUUUCAUCCUGAGAGUGCCAAGAGUUUUUGUAGGGUCCAAUAAUAUCCGAAAUGUCUGAAGACAUUGUGGAGACAUUCCAAAGAGUUCAGUACACGAACAAGGAAACAAGAAGGAGCACGACCUCGUGUCCAUUGACUUUCCCCACUAAAGUGAGAGAAUUUGGAAAAAAGUCCAUCAUUCACAUGGACUUUUCUUUUUUCUCAUUGGUUCAAGAUUCUUUAUAAUUAAUAUAUUUUUCAAAAUGUGUCAGUUAACUCUGUAAUGGCUCACACGUUUCUACAAGGUGGAGAAAUAAUGUGUGUUCCAAUUAUUAGCACAGGCGUGAGUAGGUGUGAGAUCAAAGUUUUUGAAGGUAUAGGUGAGGUAAUGAGUAUGCAGUGAGGAUAUGUUACAAGUUUAAAAGCUUAAUUCACAUUUGUAUAAACAAAAUACACCCAUGUGAAGUGCUGUAAAUUUUGGUCUGAUGAAUGAUGGCUGUUCUGCUUUUUUAAUAAUAUAUGCAUGCCAUGUCUUUUCCAAUAGUCAAAAUCUUUCAUCAAUUCUUUUUUAAUACAUUUUAGGGCAUUAUUUGCUUAUGAAAAACCCAAAUAAUCACAUCAAUAUUGGUCAGAAAAGCCUAGGAAAACCAAGUUCUCCUCAUAGCAAAAUUAUUUAAGGAGUUUAACAUCACUUAAAACAAGCCCAUAUAAUUAUGUCAAAAAUUAAUUACAACAUUGCUGCCGGUUACCUUUUCGAAUUAUACCAUUUUAAAUUAAAAUCACACAAAACUGCAGGUUUUUUACACACGAUAAAAAAAGGCAAAGGGAACAUGCCCUAGUUUCAUCCCUACAUCUUGAUAAACUUGUCCUCUUUCAAAUAUAAUGCACAUUAAUUUUGGCUUGUCCAGUGGGGGAAUUGCAAAUUUUGUAAAAUCAUGGACGGUAACCACAAGGAUAUCACUGGGAUUUGACAAAAAAAGGGUAUUAUAAAAGGAGAAACAUUACGUCUUUCAAGAACUAACUCAGAGAGAGAAAACUUUGAGCAAAGCAGAUGAGACCUUGAAUGAGGCUACCCUGUAGUGCUUGUUCAAACAAUACGGACUGAAGUUAAGUUCACUGACAGAAACAAUGCUCUUCGCAACAAAACAAAACAAACAAAAGAGAAUUUACCGUUUGUCACUACCUACAAUACCUACAAUCCGACCACACCGAAACUCAAAAAGACUCUCGUAAACCACUGGGCCAUCAUUCAACAGCAACCUAUUAAAGCUUAAACAUAUCUUUAACCAGCCACCAAUUUUCUCCUACAGACAGGAAAAAUAUCUCAAGGACAUUCUAGUCCAGGCAACAAUUCAUUCAAUCUUGCAACAAUCACAAAAUCAACAAAGCGGUUAAAAUCAAACUAGAACUUGGCAAUUUGCAUACCUUCACCUUAACUGACUCCUAAAAAUGGCAACCACGCAUCCAUUCGUUUAUUGCAAAACCACUAGGUCAAUAUAACUUUCAGAUCUCUUAAACCUUUCACUGAUCAUUCUUAUUUCAAUACAAACAUAGAAGCUGAGGACUGGCAGACUUGCAAAAAAUUUAAAAAUUCAUACAUAAAUGAAAUACAAUGAAUAACUGUAAUUUUUGAGAAUCAUGAGGUAGAUGAUUUCAGGUCAUCUUAAGUAGUCUAUGGAGGAACUAUCAGUCUCUCCUAACCUCAGUGAAUCUGUCUUCAGGUGUUCUUUCAUUGCAAUGAUUUUUGUUCAAUAAAGAUAUUAUAUAUUGCUUCUCCGAGCCUGACACGAAUGAGUAAAAUUUCAUCCCCAGAUAUCAUAAAAACACCCCCUCCACCAAGUGAAUCCCAGUUAUAUGAGGUGGAUAUCAGGGGGAUUUUUCGUUGAGAAGCAUUUGACCCAGGGGACUUUGUCUUUGUCCCCCACUCCUGGGGGAAAUCCUCAACUUUGCUCCACCCAUUUUACAAUCCCCCUGGUUGGGCCGGGGGUUUACCCCCAGGGCAAGCCGAUGACACGUGCAUAACAUCAGAAAAGUGGAUCUUAAUAUGCUAUUAGGAGACAAUAAUUGCUCACAUUUGUAAAUAUUGUUCUCGCGAAAUUCUUAUUUGCACAAACUGUAUAUAGUUUUUCUUAAUUUCUUAUUUCUUAACAUUCUGGUUUUUCAUCUUUAAUCAAUUUAUUUAUAUAUUUAUUCUUUUUAUCAUUAUCAUCAUCAUCAUCAUCAUCAUCAUCAUCAACAUUCCAGUACCCUCCCAUGAGCAUUCCUCCGAACAUCUCUGAUGAUAGCAUCUAAAGAAAUACAUUCAUUUGCUAUUACCGCGCGUAAGUUUUGUCCAUGGGUGCAUGUGUUAGAGUUACUUUUCUUAUAUCCCAGCUAUCACUGACAGCACUGAGCUGACCAUACCGAUUUUUCCGCAUGUUUCUGUCAACUUUUAAUCGUCAACAUAAUAUCCCUUAAGGCUAGUUUAAGGAAAGAAAAUAAACUUACCUCGCUGCUCAUUUUAAAGAAAGACGUAUUUACACUCUGGACACACAAUAUCUGUAGUUACGUUGUCGUUAUCCAACCAUACAAUCACGGAAACCGCAAGUUACAAGGGCCGCCAUUUUUUAAAACCGACUCUGCCAGACGUUCAUAACCCUCCCGCCGUCCUUUGCGCCGAAGACGCUCGGUAUAAAAUAUAGGGAGGACUCUGGACUGCGGAUUGCGGACUGCGGACUGUGGACUGAGGGGCCGGACUGCGGACUGCGGACAUGCGGACUGCGGACUGAGGGGCUAAGAAACGCACUAGGUUUAAAACGUGAACUUCUGAGUGUUUUUUAAACAGCUCUAGAAAAGUAAAAAUGAGAUAAAAACUUUGUGGAUUACCGGUAGCAUGAAACGGGACGUCUAAUCUUGUUUUUCCCUUAUCUACAAAUAAUUAGCCCAGUUUUGUUAAAACUUUAUCCGUAGUCCGGAUUUUAUUCCUAGUCCGUCUUUUGUACCCAGUCUGAGUUUUUUAUAAUCAGUCCGCAGUCCGUAGACCGCAAUCCAUAGUCCAUUCUUGAUUUUACCCGUUUCCUGACUCCGCUCGUCCGAGUACGGUGAUCAUAUGCUAGUGUUAUGCUUUUGCAGUACUCAGCAUGUUAAAGGCACGAGACUACAAGGACUCUACACAACGCUUCAGCUUUUCGAUUUACUUGAAACUAGGACCGUAAACGACCUUUGAGUUUGGUGUUUAUGUUUGUUUGUCGCGAUUGAUCAUUCAGCAAGCCUAGCAAAUUCUACGUUCACCAAACGGAGCCACGAGUCGAAACAAAAGGUGAGUUUGCCAUACAGCCAUGCAUAACAUUUUCUUCAAUAAGGGGCACCCAACGAGAAUAUAGUUCAAACCACUUAAACAUAGCAUUGUUAAACGUAUUUAAACGGUAGAUAUAGGCAUAUUUUUAUCCCCUAAAAAUUUUUCGUCUGUUCGGACUCUAGUGAUCCGAAAAUUAUAGGGAUCAAAACUUACCUUUUCGAAAAUUUCAGCCAGUACAAAGGCUCCCGAAAAUUCUAGGUAACCUUUUUAGGGUAAAAAUCCGUUAUAAAUGGGCAAUUAUACCAUUUGUUAGAUGUUCGAAAAUCCUAGGAGAGGCAGGCAAGCGAGAAAUUUUACAAAAAAAUGUUCCGAAGGCAGGAUCUCAAAUCUUCUUCCGAACAGAUAUUUUCCGAAAAUUGACGUUGGGUGUCCCUGUUCAAUGCUAGUCCCCGUUACACGGUCCCUUUUGUUUAAAUCUAGUUGAACUUUCCAUCAAAACUCACUCUCAGUAUUAAUAUUACGCCGGUAUAUGCCUGAUACUUCAGUUACAGAGUCUGAUUGUAGUGUGACGGGCUCUCAAAAUAAUACAUGAUCUAUGAGACUCUACCGAUCCGCUCACCAAUGGAAGGAAUAGCAAAUUUGCCAGUGGCGUAUAUUUGAUUCUCGUGUGUUGUCGACGUGUCUUUCAUUUGGUUGUUGAGCAAGAUAAUUGUUUCAGUGGGUGAGUUCACCCGGCGUUGGCGUUUUUGAUAAGCUCGUUCGCCUGAUCGUUAAACGAAUGACCCUCAAUAUAAAUUUGCAUACCGGCACUAUUACCAAGAGAGCAGAACCUCUCAAAUAUUAGUCUAAUACAUUGUUUCCUGCUGUUAGUGUAUGGCUUUCGCAAAAAUAAUGAAUUCCUUUCAUAUUUGUGUCCCACUAAGCCUAAUAAGCCCACUCCGGACGUCAAAAGACCCUCUUCACCCAUCUCCUCCCCCCAAGAUGCCUUUUGCUUUCCUUUGUUUUACCUUUGUUUCUUAAGUUUGCUUAUGGUUGAAUGAGUUAAUUGUUGCAUAUCGAUAUUUUAGAUUUUUAUGGUGGAAGUGUAUAUAUUUUUAUUGUUUUGCUUAUUGUAAAUAGGUGUUAAUUUGUAUCUUGUAAUGCGCAUAUGAUCAUUUUUAUGAAUACCUGCACAAUAUAAGUGAUUAAAUUAUUAUUAUAAUUAUUAUCCUCAUUGCCCAGUUUCAAACCGAGGAGGGCUGGGUAUGAGUGGGAUAAACAACAUGAGACUCACAUAGUCGGGAAGAGCCCAUUACAAUUAGGAAGAAAUAGGAAAAAAUCUCAAGGCCGGUGUUGAUCAGGCCAAUAUUAAACAAAAGAUAGCUAUUUUCAAAUAGUUUUUAAAAAAACUUGAAAAUUUAUAAGAGAUGUAUGGAUUGCCGGACACACCGUCUGGGCAUCUAUAUACUCCUUAGUAAAUUUUGGAGUUUUUGAAUGGCUGUAUCAUUAAAUGGUCUUAAAUAUAGGCCCAGUAAACACCAAACUUGAGAAUAUUGCUUACCUCAAUGUAAUGUGCUCUUUCUGACCAUAUGGGCCUUGUGUUGUUUAUCCCAUAAUAAAGGGACUUGCACCUAGUCCCUUUCGGUUUGAAACUAGGCAAUACCUUUGUCCUUGAUUUAUGAAGCUACAAAGUGUUAAAUAAAUGGUUAGUAAUGGCUAUUUACUAUGUCAUUCAGUAUAGCUGUUACCUUGUGAUAAGCAAGUCAUGGAAAAGGACAUUUCUGUUGAGAAUCCCAGAGAGAACAAUGAAAGCGAGCCAUUCUUAAAAGAUGCUUCAGUUCAGAAUCCGAGUGUGAAAAUUAAAAGCAAGCCAGUUGCAGGAGACUUUUCAUCAGAAAAUCCAAUAGAGAAAGCAGGAUUCUUUUCACUGUUAACUUUCUCCUGGAUGGGCAGAAUUCUUAAGUAUGGCAGUAAGCAUCCUUUGGAAGAGAAACACCUUUUCCCGUUGGAAACACAUUUUCAGGCAGGAGGACUUGCGGAUGCCCUAGAAAGAGAGUGGUUAUCAGAAAUGCGGUCGUCCGAACAGAACAGAAAAAAACCUCGUCUUUGGAGAGCCAUGUUCAAGAUGUUUUCAUUCAGGGAGUACAUGGUUGUGGCGAUACUGAGAAUAUUUUACUCAUUUUCAAUGAACCUUCUUCCUUUGGCUCUUUGGUUCUUCUUGAAAAACAUUUCUACAAGCGCCGGAACGACAAAUUACUCUUCCACUCUGCCAUUCAUGUUCAGCAUAACCGUGAUCUCGUUGGCACGGUCUUUAUUCAUCACCCACGGAGCAUUCAAGGUUGAAAUGAUGGGUUAUAGAUUAAAAGUUGCAGUGAUUGGGCUGAUUUAUAAAAAGGUAUUGUAACGACUUAAAUAUACCGACAAGAAAAUAUUGCAUCGAACACCUCUCUUAUGAAUAGGUCUCCUCUAUGUUCUGACGGAAUUAUGUAUGCGUUAUUGAUCAAGCUCCGCCGGGUACAACCUAAGUUCUUUUUUUGCGUUUUUAUAGACGAAGUCGAUGUCAAAAAGAAACGCAAAAAAAGAACAUGUCUAAUUCCCAGCCAUCUUUAGCGAACGAGCUUAGUUAAGGAGGGUUUAUUUUUUUAUUUAUUUCAUUUGUUUGUUUAUUUAUUUUUCCUUGCGAUACCAAAGCGGAAAAUCGUGAGAGGGCAUUAUUAGAAUAAUACUGACAUUCAAUUGAGUGUUUUCACUCACGUGGCCAGUACUAUAUAUGCAAAUUUAUUGAAUUCAAGAAAGCGUUAAAGUAAGAAAAGAUUUGAACUACCACGGGACUGGUUUGGGACACCAAGACCGCCAAGAUGGGCACAGUGUUACUGUUUUGCGGAUACCAACGUGAAGGACGUGACGUCAUGUGAAAAGGGUCUCUAUGUGACUCGGACUAUUUCUAGUGUGGCUGCGACUUUCUAAUACAACUGGUAUCGUGCAAAAAAGACUGUGUGGUUUGUUGGUGUUGAAGUAAAACAUGAGACGAGGUUGAAGAAUUUAUGUUAAACGCAGUAAACAUGGUAGUUUGGCACGUCACGUCACUAGUCAGUUACGCCAUUCUUAGUGGUGGACCCCCCCCCCCCCCCCCCCCCCCCCCCCCAAAAAACAUCACGCCCCCCCCCCGAGCGUCGCCCGGCUUUUUUUUUUUUUUUUUUUUCUGUGUGGGGCUCCCCCCCCACGACUACUGAGCUUGGUGUGUGGUAGGUGAGGAGGGGGAGUAUUUAUGUUGUGGUGUGUCUUGUAGGGGGCCCCCCCCCCCCCGCCCCUCCCUUAAGAAAAAUUCUGGAUCCGCCCCUGUGAGUGUAUGCCGCGGUGUUUUUUCCUGCAGUUUUGUGCCCGGAGGAUCUCCCCCAAAGAAAUAAUUGGGUGCUUGGUGUGACUUGUAAGGAGCUGAAUUUGUGAAUUGGUAACUUUUAGAUUGACCAAAUUCAAUUGACCGCCGUUGCAGAUGUCCCGAUACCUUUUAGGGGUCUUCUAGGUAUCGAGCCAAAAAGCCGGACGGGAACUAUUUGUUACUCAACUGAUUCCAACUUUUUCAUUUGGGUCAAAAUGAAUUCGCUAAAUCCACAUUCUUUUCAUGGGAUUCCAAAAAGCGAUGAGCACCCCUGUCAUUUUUGAAGGCAAAUACCCCAGGAUUUUAUGUGGUAUGGCGUGUAUGGCUCGGAGAGUUUUGUCCUAGCAAGAUUACAUGAUACAAAUAAAAUGACCCUCUACCAAGGGAUUUUUAGAAUCAAUUUACAUGGUAUAAGAAUAGAUAACAGCGUAUCACGGACAAUUUAAAUAAAUGCUGGUUGUUGUCUUCGUUGUUAUGUGAUCACUCUAAGCGGUUAUAGAAAUUUAAGCUUUAAAGGGAUUCUAAACCUUUCUUUUGCGAUAACCUAAGACGACGCUCUAUAAAUUUAGCUUUUAGGGAAUUCCCGUUUAUCUUUUCAGAGUAUUUCGUCACACAAAAGGGGUCAGUUUGCGUUCUGUGGUAUAUUAACGAAUCGACAUGAAAAAUUCUCCGAUAUAUGCAUAAUUAACCCAUCAACAUUACUAUUUUGGAUUUACCCUAACUCCACGUGUAAUAGCUAAAGUAAGGAAUUAAAGUUUAUGCUCUCUCUUUUUCAGAUUCUGAAGCUUAAAAGGUGUACCUUAGAAAAUGAGAUUUCCGAAAACGUCAUCACUCUCGCUUCCAACGAUGCCCAGGCAAUUGGGGACUUGGGCUAUCACGCCCAGGGCGCCCUAUUUGUUGCUUUGGACAUUGUCGUCGCUUUGUUGCUUCUAUGGUAUUUAGUCUCCUGGCAAGCUUUAAUAGGCGUUGUUUUUCUGGUCUUUGUUUCUGUCUAUAAUUCACUUGCAGCUAAAAAGUCCGGAAAAAUUCGCAAGAAAGUUGCAGCACAGACGGAUAAAAGGUUGGAGAUGAUUAAAGAGAUUGUUUCUGGAAUCCGGGUGGUGAAAAUGUACGCCUGGGAAUGGAACUUCAGGGAUCUGGUGGCACAAAUAAGACGGUUUGUACACAUACCUUUCCUGUGCUGUUUCUUUCUCUCAUUUUGAGUCUUGCAUAAGCGUAAUAUCGUAAGCGGCAAUAUAUGUCCCGCUCUAUCCCUUAUAAACUAACAACGGUGAUGGAUCAUCCACCGAAAAGGUCACCAGUUAAGGUGGCUCCGUAAUUAAUACUAGAGCAUUUUGCUGUGACAAAUUUUCCGUCAUAAGUUUUUGGUUCUUAACGCGAUGGCUGCGAACGUUUGCAAAGAACAACAUAUAUCAUUCGGCAAUAAUACGGAAUAUUCCGAUUUCAUUGAUGGUAAAUAUUUCUUGAGAAAUUAGCGCCCAAAAAGGACCCUACUGUUCGAAGAAAAUCGCGUCUAGUAAAAAAAUUUGCUGAUAUUUUUUACUGAAAUUUCUGGUAUCGCCUUUUAUGGAUAUAAUAAAUAUGCCAGAAGAAUUUCAGAAAAAUCGUUGGAGCAGAAGUACGUAAUUAAACGUCGCUCAAAAUUCAGCUGUGAAAUUGUUUUGGAAUUUCAAAAAUAAAUUACUAUCAGGAAGAAGGAGCCAACCAGUUUGAAUUUUCGGGACAAGUAAAUUCAACGUUUGCUAAUUCUUAAAACAAAAGCCGAUUGCCUAUCGUGCUAUUCUUUAAAAGGUACUUUUUAUUUUAUAGAAGCACGAUAAAUUGCUCCAAACCUUGCUCUGAAGUAGAAUGACUUGUUCUUCGACAUUUUUAAAAUAUCCCUCGGCAGUUUUGGCCCAAACUCCUGCUGCAUACAUUUUGAUGUACUGUAAUGCAUUUUCAACGACUUUUACUGCUGUUCGUUGCUUCCAACUCAGGAAAAAAGUAUUGAGAUUAGGAUAGAACUGUCCAGUACCUUUGUUUAUGACUACAAAAUAAGCACGAGCGGCAGUUCUGCGAGGAAUUCAUACCUCACCUAGGGGGGACGAACGACAAUGAUGACCAUGCCUGUGAACCGAGUAACAUCACUGUGCCAAAUAAAUAUUAUCGCAAAAAUACUGCCCGUGAAUAAAUUUACAACUCUGAAAUUUUUGUCACUUCUUCCUUCAAUGAAUGGGUAUUUUUUUCUUGAUUAUUAUGUUUUGCUCUGCAAUACAUGUUUAUACAGAUCGGUUCACAGACAUGGGCAUCAUUGUCAUUCGUCCCCCCUGGCUGAGGUGCGAAUUCCUCGCAGAGUUGCCGCUCGUGCUCAUUUUCUGAUCAUAAACAAAGGUGCUGGACAGUUCUAUCUGAGCUUCGAUACAAGGUAGCUUACAAUCCCAAUACCUUUUUCCUGAAUUGGAAACAACGUACAGCAGGAAAAGCCGUUGAGGAUACAUUGCAAUACAUCAAAAUGUAUGUAGCAGGAGUUUGAACCAAAACUGCCAAGGAAUAUUUUAAAAAUGUCGAGGAACAAGUCAUUCGAAGUCAGAGCAAGGUUUGGAGCAACUUAUAGUGCUUCUAAAACUGAAAAGUACCUUUUAAAGAAUAGCACGAUAGGCAAUCGGCUUUUGUUUUCAGAAUUAGCAAACGUUGAAUUUACUUGUCCCGAAAAUUCAAACUGGUGUCUCCUUCUUUCUGAUAGUAAUUUAUUUUUGAAAUUCCAAAACAAUUUCACAGCUGAAUUUUGAGCGACUUUUAGUUACGGACUUCUACUCCAACGAUUUUUCUGAAAUUCCUCUGGCAUAUUUAUUAUAUCAAUAAAAGCCGAUACCAGAAAUUUCAGUAAAAAAUAUCAGCAAAAUUUUUUACUAGACGCGAUUUUCUUUGAACAUUAGGGUCCUUUUAAGCGCUAUUUUCUCAAGAAAUAUUUACCAUCAAUGAAAUCGGAAUAUUCCGUAUUAUUGCCGAAUGAUAUAUGUUGUUCUUUGCAAACGUUCGCAGCCAUCGCGUUAAGAACCAAAAAGUUAUGACGGAAAAUUUGUCACAGCUAAAUGCUCUUGUAUUAAUUACGGAGCCACCUUAAGGAGUCAUCACUAGCUGAGCAAUAGUUUACAUUCCACGUCCUUGACUUUUCCUUAUAAUUUUAAAUAAUUAUUACCAUGAAGUUACGUGGCAUUGCUCCCUGUCUCUGGGAACGUGGAUGGCCAUAUUGGUAGGCUUGUAUGUUUUCGAUUUUAUUUUGAAUAUGGAAAUAUUUUUUGCAGGAAAGAAAUUUCUCUCAUUCGGAUUCGAGGAUUCUUCCUCUCAAGUGUCUAUGCCUUGUUCUUUACCGGCCAUGCUGUUACCGGUUUCAUCUCAGUCGUGGUACUGCUUCUGACUGGACACUUCUUGACAUCUUUUAAAGUGUUCACGUUGCUUUCUGUCUUAGCAAACAUUAAAUUCUUCGUAACCGUCUAUCUUGGAGAAUGUUUACACCGUCUCGCAGACACGAGAACUGCUUGGAAUAGAAUGCAGCCGUUACUUGAAGAGAAAACACUUUUAGGAAGCGAUCACAAAUCACAGUGCAAAAGGGGAGAGGACUUUAAGCCUGGGCAAAUUGCCGUCAAAAGUGAAAGAAAACUUGAGGAUACAUCAGAAAUUGCUCAGCCACAAGUUGUUCUUGAAAACGUUUCCAGCGUGUGGAACGAUUCGUCAGAUCGUUCAGCAUUACAAAACGUUUCACUGCACGCUACCAGUGGGCAACUUGUUGGAAUAACUGGACCAGUUGGGAGUGGCAAAACGUCUUUAUUGAUGACCAUUUUAGAUGAACUUCCAAUAUCAUCUGGUCAAAGCUCUUGUAUUGGCAAAAUGGCUUACGUCUCCCAGACACCUUGGGUGUAUUCUGGUACCGUGAGAGAGAAUAUAGUCUUUGGUAUGCCGUUCGUCGAAGAAAAGUACUUCAAAAUUGUGGAAGUCUGUGACCUGGGCAAAGAUCUAUCAAGCUUCCCGAAAGGUGAUCUAACUGAGAUUGGACAACGCGGUAUAAUCUUAAGUGGUGGUCAGCGUGCACGAGUGAGUCUAGCACGUGCUCUUUACUCAGACGCGGACAUUUAUUUGUUGGAUGAUCCACUCAGUGCAGUGGAUGCUAAAGUCGGCAAACAUCUGUUUGAUAGAUGCAUCAAAGAGUUCUUAGCUGGACGAGUUCGUAUUCUGGUCACUCAUCAGCUGCAGUUUCUCCAACAUGCAGAACACGUUGUUAUCCUUCAAAAUGGUUCCGUUCAGUACCAAGGUAGCUACUCUCAAAUAGAUCAGAAGAAGCUGGGUUAUGAUUUUAUUGUAUCUCAAGGAAAACAAGAAGAAGGUGAAAAUAGUACAAUUACAGGUCUCGGUGAAGACAAAAGGGUCAGGAAAGCAAGUUCUGUUGAUGAAUUUCAGGAAAGAGUAGAUCUGGCAGAGGAGGAAGAAGACAGAAUGGUGGGAACUGUCAAGUGGCAGUUGUAUUGGAAGUACUUUAGGGCUGCCCUUCCAGUUACUUUGAUUGUGGCCCUUGCUGUGUUUUUCGCUAUUGUACAAGGUUAGUAAAUCGAAAUCAACGUUCAGCUGUCAAAGUUAAAAAAAAGGCAGCCAAUGCCGUUCUUUGAUACUUUUCUCAGACCUUCUUUUAGGUGGAAACCUCUUUACGAUGCACACUCAGUGAAGGUUCUGACGGUAUCCAGGCUUAUGUGGCCAGAAGUUGCGUGACGGCAACUUUCAGGAAGCUUUUUUUCUUUGGAGUAACUUUUUUACCGCGGGACCGCUUUUGGAGCUUUCUGCUUUUCUGGAAAUUUUACGGAUGUAUUAUAAAUGUUUUAAAAGCUUUCAAAUGGUUACAAGAGACUAAUCUGACUAUAAUUUUUGUGAUCAACAAUCACACAACUGCAACGUUUCAAAUUGGCAGAGGUAGGCGAUAAUUCAUCAUCCAUCUGUGAAUGAUCGGUGAGAGAACCUCUUUUCUGACGUUAAUAGACCUGUUCAUGUUUGUACAGUAUCAUAAAGGUAUUUUGUUAGUGCUUUUUGAUCUCCCACAUAGAAAAAAAAAACUAAAAUAAAGGCAUAUUUUUGCCUUGUUUUCUAUCACACAAACGGUUAACUUUGGACCAACUUUUUUAACAAAUCAUAUGCUGAAAAAUACGUUCGAGCAUCUUUAGGCAGUUUUGGGGAGCAACUUUUUAAAGAAAUUUGGAGAAAUUUGUUGCUUUCCCUAGUGGUGUCCAUCGUAGCCAUGAGUUAAUUGUACUUAGUAUUCGCUCACUUCGAUUCAGGGAUAUUCCCUGGGAGGAAAAUUUAAUCAUGUUUAGUUUCUGUCGAGAUAAAUUAAUUUGACUGAAGCCUGGUAUUUGAGAUAAGUUGACAGAGAUUUUUCUUUCAGUUGCGUGGAUCGCGCCCUAUUGGUGGCUUUCAUUAAUGACGGAGAUGUCUUAUCAAGAACAGAAGAACUACGUCACACUUGUGAUAUAUGGAUCCAUUGUCAUUGUUUCUUUGCUUCUUACACUUGCAUCCUCUUUUUGCUUUUAUCUUGCCACUUUAAAAGCGUCAGAAAAUCUCCACGAGCGGAUGACCAAAGCAGUUAUCCAGGCACCUGUCCUGUUCUUUGACACAAAUCCAGUUGGUCGCAUCUUAAAUCGUUUCUCUAAAGACAUCGGUAAUAUGGAUGACUCUCUUCCAUCUCAGUUUCUUUUCGCAGUCCAGCUGUGUAUAUAUUUCUUUAGCGCCACAAUUCUUUCAGCAGUCGUUAAUGUGUGGUUGUUAAUUACUUGUGCCCCAUUGACGCUCUUGUUCAUGUAUCUUGCAAAAUAUUACUUGAAUUCCUCUCGGGAAAUCAGGAGGCUAGAAUCAAUAUCAUGCAGUCCAGUUUACUCCCUUAUUGCUGAUACCGUGGCAGGAAUGGAGGUGAUUCGCUCAUCAGGGAUGGAAAGUGAUUUUCUUCAACAAUUUUACAAGUUAGUUGAAACUUCGAAAAUUCAUUCGUCUGUGUUUCUUUCUGUCUGCCCGUUUUAAGUUUUGUGUGAAAGAUUUUAAAAAUGUUCAAAAGGGAAAUUUCCUUGCAAACAUUAACCUUUGCUUCACCUUUUUUCCGCGUCGUUCUCUGGUUUGUCAGAUCUCGAACGUUUAGUUGUUGUUUAUUAAAUGACUUUUGCAGGAGUUCGGGACUCUCUGUUUAUGUAGUACGAAAAGAUAUGCUUAUCAAGCCUCAUACAUUUAUAUAGCUACAGUUGCAUCUUUUUUUAUAUAUAGCGCAAUUAAUUCAGUGAGUCACUCGCCACCUGGUAACUCAGUUGGUGGAGCACCAGACUGAGGGUUGGCUGGAUCAACACUUAGGAUCGUAAGACAUACUGAAGAGAAUCGAACGUGCUGUAUUUGGUCUGAGACAAUGCUAGUUGUUAGAGUUUUUGGUCUUCCCUGAAAAUUGAGCACGAAAAAACCGUUAACCUGCGAAUACAUUCGUUUCUCAUCGCUUCCUGCCGCAAGGACGCUUUGCGAGUGGCAGGGAGCCCUGAGACGCGGCUGUAUUCAAGGGCGUAAAAACCGAAGGUCCCAUUUUAAAGCGUUCUCAUCAGGACGUUAACGAACCACUAGGGACGUAACGAAAACCUUGUACACCAGGGCCCAUUAAUAACUCACUAUUCCAUUGAUCGUAAGCUGCAAGGCAGCCAUUUGAUUACUCAAACAAUCUGGUCAACCCAAGCUGAGGGGACUGAAAGAGAUGUGAAUGAUUCUUUAACAAAUCAGUGCAGAUCUUAUUACUACGAUGUUUUGCAGGUACCAGGACAAAAACACAUCGGCCAUGAUAAUGAGGAACGCAGCAACACAAUGGCUAGCAUUACGAGGAGACCUACUUAGUAUCUUUUUAGUAACUUCCGUAUCAGCUGGAGCUUUACUUGCAACACAAAGCCUAGGUAGGUAUUUUAUUGAUAUGUAAGAAGUUUCCCCAUAAGGAUUUAAACCUAUGACCUGGUUACAAGCCUAGAUGCCCUACCACUUUACCUACAGGACACUGGUGGAAGCUAAGGCAGUGCUGCUCAUGAAAGUGUUUAACCUCUCGAGAACAUAAAAUGUGUCCUAGUAAUCAGGUGGCAAUACCCUCUGACAGCUUUGCGGCGGCGCGUGUGAUGAUCGCGGUCUUUGUAAUGACUUAGUUUGGAAACAAGCAUGUGCAAUUUUUGUUGCGAAAGAACUGAUGUAUAAAGGUUAUAAACUUUACCCUUUCAGCAUUAGCAGGCAUGUCCCUGACGUAUGCAUUGGAUACUUUGGAAGCCUCGCAAUAUGGCAUCAGUGUCGCAUCAGAGACAGAAAAUCACAUGACCUCAGUGGAAAGAGUGUUCACCUACACCGAAAUCGAUCCAGAGCCUGGGUAUCGUACAGACACCCAGCCUCCAAAAGAAUGGCCAAAAUCAGGCUCCUUGACAUUAGGUGACUUGUCAUUAGCAUAUUUAGAAGGAGCUCCGAGAAUUCUGGUCAACAUAAACGUUAGCAUCGCUGCUAAGGAGAAAGUUGGUGUAGUAGGUCGCACGGGUGCUGGAAAAUCGUCUUUGCUGGCAGCUUUAUUUCGUAUGCCAGAGCCUGAAGGAAGUGUGAGUAUAGCUUCUUUUGUUUUAUUAACGUCUCUAGGAAUGGCAGGGACCUCACAACAGAGAUGUCCAAAUAACCUUAGAGAAGAAAGGCCACGAAACCAGCGUCUACGUCACCUACUCUUUUCGAACAGAAUCCUCGGUUCUUCAACGCCUUCUCCUUCCAACUGAUAAGAAAGGAUAAAGAAUACGAGGCUAAAGUCUCAAGGGUCAUCUGAACUUAGUCAAGGUCCCAAUCACCGCCAGUUUAGUUCUGGCAGUUUUUUAAUUUAUGGUUGGUGGUGCGGCCGUGGUUUGGGCGGAGAUGAUCAUUCUUUCUCAAUUUAGCCUCCAGCAAUGUUCUCUUGAGGAGCUAGUCGCCUGUCCCCACCCUUGUGGCCUGUCCACAGACUUGUUUCUGCGUCCGUAGUGGAGUGAGAGAGAGGUUUUUACAGUAAAACCUAUGUUAGGUCAGCCUCAAACUCUCUGGGACUUUAACCCUUUCAUGAUCAAUGGCAGAUUGACUGAUAGAAUUUUGAUAAGGCGGUUCUUACUAUUUUGUCCGUGGACAAACCCCUAAGGUGUGACCAUUCAAAUUAAACAUAUCUGGCAGUACUUUCGUAUGGUGCUAUUGGUUUUUUAGCAGAUUUUUACCACUUUCGGGAUUUAAAGGGUGAAAGGGAAAGACUCACUGAUCGCGAUUUAAGAAAGGCUUUUGAGUAGAAGCCUUAUGGACACCCUCAGUUCUAACUCACGUAAAUGUUUCUAUCAAUACAGGUAAUCAUAGAUGGUGUGAACAUCAGAGAUCUCAAUCUACAGGCGGCUCGAAAGUCUAUGGCCGUAAUAACGCAGGAUCCUGUCCUCUUCAGCGGAAGCCUCAGCAGAAACCUAGAUCCGUUCUCUUUGUACAAGGAUCACGAUCUCUGGAGUGCUUUGGAAGAAGUUCAGUUAGAUACUCUGGUUCAGAAAUUACCUGAGCAGCUAGGUUACAAGUUGAGGGAGUCAGGGAGCAACUUCAGUGUGGGUGAGCGCCAACUGGUCUGUUUAGCACGUGCACUGUUGCAGAAAAGUAAGAUUAUAAUACUGGACGAGGCCACUGCCAAUGUGGAUUACAAAACAGACCGUCUGAUUCAAGAAGUUAUACGUAACAGACUUAAAGAUUCUACCGUAAUAACCAUCGCCCAUCGCUUGAACACCAUCAUGGACUAUGAUAAAGUAUUGGUUAUGGAUCAGGGACGGAUGGUGGAGUUUGACAGACCCGAAACUUUGCUUCAGAACAGCGAUGGAUAUUUUUCCCGCCUCGUAGAAACUCACAACAUAGCCACGGCUGAAUAA